AUGGCCAAAUGGCUGAAUAAGUACUUCAGCCUGGGCAACAGCAAGACCAAGAGUCCCCCGCAGCCUCCGCGGCCCGACUACCGAGAGAAACGCAACGGUGCCGGCAGCGCGCCCCGCCCCGACGAGCCGCCGCACCUCCACCUUCACCACCACACGUCGCCCGGCUUUCCGCAUCGCCGCCUGCGCGACGACACCAGUGACCUGCUCCGCGCCUACCGCGCCCAGAAAGAACGCGACUUCGAGGACCCCUACAGCGGACCCGGCUCGUCCCUGAGCAAGUUGCGCGCCAUGUGCCGCCUGGACUACUCCACGUCCGAGGACGUGGGUGAGGCAGCCCCCAAGACUUUCUCCUCCUCGUCGUGCUGCGCUGCACCCCCUGCCGCCUGUGCAGCCGGCUCCGCACACCUCUUUCGCAGCCACAGCGAGCGCCGCCCGGCGACGCCGCCCAACGUGAAGUACAUCUCCCCCAGGCACCGGCUUAUCAAGGUCGAGAGUAGCGAUGGCGCAGGCGAGAAGCUCAACAAGGGCUCCAAGCAGCUGGCGACCUCUGUCCCCUCUGCCAUGAAAGAUAAAGUAUUGAUAGCUGAUGACUACUCAGAUCCGUUUGAUGCCAAAAGUGAGUUGAACAGAAUGGGAAAAGGGGAGAACACUGGCUAUAUGGAACCGUAUGAAGCCCAGAGAAUAAUGACUGAGAUUCAGAAGCAGGAAGGCAUGAAGUCCCAUCAGAACAACCUGCAGCUCUAUGACACACCCUAUGAACCAGAAGGCAGUGGUGUGGAAUCCGAUUCUGAAAGUGUGGCGAGUCACCGUUUACGAGAAAACAAAUUGCCCCAGGAUGAUGACAGGCCUGCAGAUGAGUAUGAUCAGCCAUGGGAGUGGAACAAAGUCACCAUCCCAGCUCUGGCAGCCCAAUUUAAUGGAAGUGAGAAACGGCAAGCAUCUCCUUCUCCCUCAAAUGACCAGCGCAGGCGGUUAAGAGCACCUGGAGGAGGCUUUAAACCCAUCAAACAUGGCAGUCCAGAAUUUUGUGAGAUCCUGGGAGAGAGAAUAGAUCCAACUAUUCAACUGGAAAAACAGAUAUGGUAUCAUGGAGCAAUCAGUCGGACAGAUGCAGAAAACCUGUUACGUUUAUGUAAAGAAUGUAGCUACCUUGUAAGAAAUAGUCAAACAAGCAAGCAUGACUAUUGUCUUUCACUGAAGAGCAGUCAAGGUUUUAUGCACAUGAAACUGAUGAAAACCAAAGAGAAAUACAUCCUGGGUCAGAACAGCCCUCCCUUCGACAGUGUUCCUGAAGUCAUCCACUACUACACCACAAAAAAGCUGCCUAUCAAAGGAGCAGAACACUUGUCACUGCUCUACCCUGUAGCUGUACGGACCCUUUGAUAACCUAGUCUCACCCCUUCCUGUGGAUAGGAGGUGAGAGGUAAGCUGGGUUGCACAGGAUUUUUGCAGAAAUUCAGUGCUUGAGUCUGU